AUGACCAAAGUUCUUCUUCUCGGAGCCACUGGUUACGUCGGCAAGAGGCUCGCCGAAACGUUGGUACGCAGCGGCCAGCAUAGGGUAUAUGGCAUCGCUCGUUCUGAGGCCAAGGCCAAGACACUGGCUCUCGCCGAAGUUAUACCCAUCAUCUGUCCCGAUCCAGUAAAUGCGCCCAAGGCUUACAUGGAUGCUAUCCGCGACCACCAUGUCGAAGUAAUUGUCGAUGUUGCUGGGGCCAAUCAAGACACAGCCAAGUUUCUCAGCCAUGCCAAGGAGAUCAGCCAAGAGCGCCUGGAUAGUUACGUCGCUGCUGGUAUCAGAGGUCCUAAGCUCGGAUUCAUUUACUGCUCGGGUACUUGGGUCCAUGGAUCUAGCAAUACGUCACUAAGCGAUCUCGAUAUUGUCGGUCCCACUGCCGUUGCGCCUCCAAGAGCCCUAGUUGCGUGGAGGGUUGGUCUUGAAAACUCCAUCUUGUCUUCUUCUGAUGUCCUUGAUGUUGCUGUAUUGAGACCAGCGUUGAUCUAUGGCUAUGAGAAUACUAUCUGGACUCCAUUUAUCCUUCCACUUCUUGAAGCAUCUCGAAGUGGUAGCUCAGAAUCAAUCAACGUCCCUCUAGAGGCCGAUUCUAGGCCAGCCCUCAUUCAUGUGGAUGACGUGGCAACUGGCUUUCAGAAGGCUAUUGAGAAUCUAUCACUCGUUAACAGUGGUUCUAUUUACCCUGUGUUCGAUCUAAUUACUAGCCAAGAGAGUAUGUCCGACAUCUUUGCGGCCAUGGCUUCUAGCUGGGGGUAUAAAGGAAAGUGUACCCUGGUUGGAAGUGGAGAUGAUUUGUUUGCAGAAGCCAUGAGUUCAACUUUGCGUGGGUCAUCAUCGCGAGCGAAGCAAUUGUUGGGCUGGGAACCCACGAGAACAAACGGAUAUGUUGCAGAAAUGGAUCUAUACGCAGCUGCAUUUGCCUCUCAACACUGA